GAAACUUCCUCAUCAUCAGCACAACUCUAACACUCAAUCUUCACAAAAUGUCAGAAGAACCGCUGAGUCUAAGAGGGCUCUUCUCAAAAGCCGAGAAGGCGCGCGAAGAACUUUCAUCUUCUUAUGAGCCAAACAGUCCCACCUUCCAGGAAAAGCUCGGCGCAACCAUUGCCACUUAUGAAGAAUGCCUCAAGAUCGCUGAGCAGGUGUCGCUGUUCAGUCCAAACGAAUCUCUCGAAGAUAUAUCAUCAACCGAUUUACAAUACCUAGCGAUAAACUACCACCUGGCCGAACUCGUGCAAAGAAUCUCAAAUACAGAUGUCUCACUCAGAAAGUCAAAUCUUCUACGUGCUCGGGGUUACUAUGAGCGGUUCCUGAAAUUGCUGGAUUCCUACGAUAUGCUUGGCAAGGCGGAUACGAAACUUCUGGAAGCCUACAACGAAAACAAGAAUAAUUUCUCUACUGCUAACACGCGGGAUGCAUCAGCGAGACGAGAUGCUAAGAUUGCCCGGUUUAAAGAGGAGAAGGAGCUGAAGAGGAAACUUGAGUAUCUCCGACAAAAUCCUAAGCUGGCGGAGCAAGAUGAGCAGGUGGUGCGAGACCUGCAUCUGACUGAUCUGGCAUUCAUGAUACACCAGACAUUUGCUUCACUCGAGUCGAUGGCUCAGGAACUUCACAUUAUCUCGCUAGCGCCACCUGCGCCACCGCCAGGCCAGGACCAGCAAGCGCCCGACGCCCGGCAAGACAGCAGAGGCAAAGACGGCUAUUCCGAGCGUCUGGAUGGUCAGUAUGCUGGGUUGAGGUACUCUGGGCCUAUCUUGAGUAGCGAUGGUAAACCCAUGCGGCCGUUUACGUUGUUGGAUAGCCGUCAAAGCCUGAAGAAGGGCGUCUUCCGUCCGGAUCACAACCUGCCAACCAUGACGAUUGACGAGUAUCUAGAGGAAGAGAGGAAGAGAGGUGGUAUAAUCGAGGGUGGAGGUCCACAGUCUGGGAUCCAACCUGAGCCGAAUGAGGAUGACCUUGAUGCAGCGGAUGCAGAGACGAUGAAGCAGCGUGCGUGGGACGAAUAUGUAGAGGCGAAUCCCAAGGGCUCAGGAAACACAUUGAACAGAGGUUAA